AUGGAUCCUUCCGACGUCUAUGGUUUCCUACAAAAUCCACUUUUUCAACUUCCAAACGAGUAUGCUGCCUUCCAGGCUGAAAAACUGGAACUUGAGACCCAAAAUGCCGAAUUGAUUAGGCAACUCAAGAAGAUGAAUAUAGCUAUGCAAGAACUUACGGCCGAGAGGGAUACCUAUAAGAGACGCAUUGAAGCCAACAAGGAGAAUGCAGAGGAAAUUCGGGAGCAAUAUCUCAAAGAGCUCAACGACAGGGACCAGAUAAUCCAAACGCUUAUAAACCAAUUGACGGAUAGUCAAAAGAACAGCGCCAGGAAGAAGGCGGAGCUUCAGGAGUAUCAUGCCCAGGAGAGCAGCGACAAGAGUCAGCUGAUUUACAAUCUAAACAUUCGCCUUUGUCUAGAAGAGCAACAGUACACCGAAAAGCUUACGGUGCUUCGGAAGGAACAUGCCAAGCAGAUCGAAGGCAUGAACCUGGAACUUCAAUCGCUCAAGACCCAACAGGAGCAACAUGUCAAGGAGCUUAACGAGAAGGACUUCGCCAUCCAAGAUCUAGCAAUCCGCCUAUCUGCUGCGGAGCAACAAACCAUCGAUAAGAUGAUGGAGCUCACAAAUGAGAAGGACCGACACUCUCAAGUAAUUCAGAAGUUCCGGGAGGAGAGUAUCUUGGCUGAGCGACGUCUUGAAAGUGUUAGAAUGAUGCUGAAAGGAAACUUGCGUCAAAAGAUGAAGGAGGCCGACCUGGAGCUAACUCAACUCCACACUGAGCUCGGCAAGCUCUAUGUGGAGCUCCAGGAGGCAAAGAAGUCACAGGAGGCUUUGAUGGCUCGAUUGGCUGCUAAAAACAAAGGAAUCGAGUAUCUCACGAGGCAACAUGAGGCGAAGAUGGCAGCAAAAGAUUCAGAAAUUCAAAGAUUGACGAAGAUGGUGUAG